AAAGUAUGUUACAGAUUGACAAAAACUUAAAAUCUUUCGUAUCGUCACGACCAAUGGAACAAGCAUUUCAUUAUCUUUCGUGUCUAUUAACGGAGAAAAUAUGGACGUAUGACGAAAUAUUGAGAGCAAGUACUUAUGUAACUAUUAAUGAAAUCCAAAAAUUUAAACGAAUCUUUAUUCGUAAGAUGCAUGUCGAAUGCCUAAUAUACGGUGAUAUGAGUAAAGAAGAAGCCUUAAGUAUAAUUAGAAAACUAGAAAUUGAUAUAAUAGCUGCGAAUAAUAAUGAGAUUCCAACAAUAAGCAUGGAAGAAGAAAUGAUACCACAACGAGAAAUCAAAUUGGAAGAGAGUAAGUAA